AUGCUCUCGAACCCUCUGCAUCGUUACUCGGCCUACGAUGCCUUGCCUUCGAGUAGCAUGCUACCGAACGGCCACCUGCCUUCCAAUCACAUGCCGCACGCGGGGCUCCAGACCCUCGCCGACGGAUCGCAGUAUGCGCUCCAGCAGAUGCACCAACAGCACCAACAGCACCACCAACAGCACCAACACGUCGAGGUGAGUCACGUUCCCCGGAACGACCACGAGGUCCAGCGGAGCCAGAAUCACAAGCACCGCCAGCACCCCUACAGCGCGGCGGGCCAGGGGAGGGGGCUCAGCAGUGCAUCUUCGGGCCCCAUUCGCCGACGGAUCAGCCGCGCGUGCGACCAGUGCAACCAGCUCCGGACCAAGUGCGACGGGCAGAGCCCUUGCGCCCAUUGUGUGGAAUUCGGUCUCGGCUGCGAGUACAUUCGGGAGAGGAAGAAGCGAGGCAAGGCGUCGCGCAAAGAUCUGGCCCAGCAAGCCGCCGCGACCGCCGCCAGCGGCGGCCAGGAGGCCCCCAGCGGCGGUGGCCAGGGCCACGGGCAGUCUUCCGACGAGCCCGCCUCGCCGCCCGAGUCGCGGCAUGAACACGAGUCGUCCUCCGCGACCCCGACCCAGCAGGAGACGGGCGUCCUGCGGCGAUCGCAAGCCUCCAGGUCCCUCAGUCUCUGCCUCGGGAGGACGGCGUCCGAGCUCGACCCAGCCUCGGGGCGGGAUGCGACGCAGGGGCGACUGCAGCGAGCCGGGAGCCUCGAGAGCCUGACCGGACUCGUGCCUCACAUGGCGAGUCGCGCGGAUCCGGAUCAGAUCGAGAGCCCCGCUUCCCUGACCAUGAGCAGCUAUUCCAGCCUGCACGGCUACAGGCCGGCCCUGGAGUCCCACCUGCUGCGUGGGAGCACCGGGAGCGGGGGCGGCCAAUCCAGCUUCGCGGCCGGACAGGGCAGCCUCCCCGGCUUUGAUCUGUCGUACGCCAUCCAAGCCCCGAGCCCGACGACACACUACCCGGCGCCGAGCACGACCCCGGGUCCCUUCCACCUUGGCGACUCGCCGAUCUCCGGCUUCCCCAUGGCGUCAGAGGCGGCCUCGCCCGGAUGGAUGUCGCUGCCCUCGCCCUCCAAUCAGUAUCGGCAACACGUCCCGAGUCCGAGCUUCAGCACCACCCUCCGCCUCCCGGUGCUGCAACCCCUCAUCCCCUAUCUGGGCAACAUCAUCCCGGUCUCCCUCGCGUGUGACUUGUUGGACCUGUACUUUGCCAGUUCGUCGUCGGCGCUGAUGCAUCCGACGUCGCCAUACGUGCUCGGCUACGUGUUCCGCAAGCAGUCCAUCCUGCACCGCACCAAGCCGAGACCGUGCACGCCCGCCCUGCUCGCCAGUAUGCUGUGGGUCGUCGCCCAGACGAGCGAUGCAAGUUUCCUGACCGCGCCCCCGUCGUCGCGUGGACGCGUCUGCCAACGGCUGCUCGAACUCACCGUCGGACUCCUGAAGCCUCUCAUUCACGGUUCGGCGGGGGACGAGCCGUCGCCGAGCUUCUCCACCAGCACUGCCAUCAACGGCGUGGCCCUCGGCGGGCUGGGCGUGGCCCUGCCGGGAUCGGUGCACCCCGCCGUCUUGAAUGGGGAGACGUGUGCGUUCGGGGCGGCCGGGACCCUGGAUGACGUGGUCACCUACAUCCAUCUCGCCACGGUGGUCUCGGCGAGCGAGUACAAGGGCGCCAGCCUCCGGUGGUGGAACCAGGCGUGGUCGCUCGCCCGCGAACUCAAGCUGGGGCGAGAACUGCCACCGGGGGCGCCUCCGCCGGCAGCCGACGGUAGCCACGACGCAGGCGCCGAUGGCGAGGCGGGGGGCCUCUCCGCAGCAGGCGUCAGCGAGGAAGAGCGAGAGGAGCGACGGAGGAUCUGGUGGCUGUGUUACACCGUCGAUCGUCAUCUCGCCCUCUGCUACAACCGCCCCCUCUUCCUCCUCGACAUCGAAUGCGACGGGCUGCUCCAGCCCAUGGAUGACACGCGGUGGCAGGCGGGGGAGUUCUACACCGGGGAUUCGAGCAUCCACGUCACUUCCCCCGAGGGGACGCCGAGGGUGCGGAGGAGAGGGCCGGGGGUUGAGUGUACCGGGCAUAGCAUCUUCGGAUACUUCCUCCCUCUCAUGACGAUCCUCGGCGAGAUCGUCGAUCUCAAUCACGCCAAGAACCAUCCGCGGUUCGGGCUUGGCUUCCGGUCUGCUCACGAAUGGGAUGACCACGCCCGGGAGAUCUCUCGGCAGCUGGACGCGUACGGCGAGAGCCUGCGAGACUUUGAGGCGCGCAACCUGAGCAGGACCGAGGAGCCGCAGGCCGAUCUCCACAUGGACGGACUCUCUGCAACCAGCCAACCCCCGACCAACGUGGAUCACAGCGAUGUCGGCACCCCCUCCGUGCACUCCAUGCACACCGCUCACACCGCUCACACCGCAUCCUCCGCCCGUGAAGCCGAGAUCCAGACUCGCAUCGUGGUCGCGUACGGGACCCACGUCAUGCACGUCCUCCACAUCCUCCUCACGGGGAAGUGGGACCCCAUCUCCCUCCUCGACGACAACGACCUCUGGAUCUCGUCGCAGAGCUUCAUCAACGCGACCGGCCACGCCGUCAGCGCGGCGGCCGCCAUCGACCGGAUCCUCGAGUACGACCCGGGCAUGGGAUGCAUGCCGUUCUUCUUUGGGGUCUACCUGCUGCAGGGAAGUUUCUUGCUCUUGUUGAUUGCGGACAAGCUCCAGGUGGAGGCGUCGCCGAGUGUGGUCAAGGCCUGCGAGAGCAUCGUGCGAGCGCACGAGGCGUGCGUCGUGACGUUGAAUACGGAGUACCAGAGGAAUUUCCGCAAGGUGAUGCGCUCGGCGCUGGCUCAGGUGAAGGGACGCGUGCCCGAGGAUUUCGGCGAACAGCAAUUACGAAGGCGGGAAGUGCUGUCGCUGUAUCGAUGGACGGGGGACGGGACUGGCUUGGCUUUAUAG